CUCCCCGUUCUCACCUCCCUCUCGCCGUUCCAGGCCGCCAUGGAGCCCAGCGCCCGCCCGGCCAAGCGCAGCAGCGGAACCGCCGAGGCCCCCGCGGAGCCGGGGGAGUCCCCCAAGCGCGGCCGCUGGGCCCCCCCCACCCUGCCCACGGAGCCGUCCCUCUACGACGGGCCCUUCCCCUUCUACCGCCGGCCGGCCGAGGAGGGGCGCUUCUCCCUGGACGCCCAGCGCCGCUACCACCCCGACGCCCGCCAGCUGCGCUACUUCGCCCCGCCCCCCGCCGAGCACCCGGAUCCCGCCUUCGACCUGCGGCACGGCUACCGCGACCGCUACGUGCGGCGGGACGAGAGCCGGCGCGAGGGGCUGGAGCACCUCCUGCAGUGGGUGGCCGGGAACCGGGACCGGCUGCGGGCCCAGGGCGACGCCGCGGGGCGCCCCGUGAACGCAGAUUUCGUGACCUGGCGGGGGCACCUUACCAAGGUGCUGACGACGCCCUACGAGAGCCAGGAGGGCUGGCUGCUGGCCGUCAGCCUCUUCCGGGGCACCCUCUACGUGAGUGAGGUGGAGACGGCGGCGGCCCGGCAGCAGCGGGAGCAGCGCUCCGACAUGCUACAGGAGCUGGCCUACAUGGGCUACAAGUUCGAGCGCUACAUGUGUGCGGACACCCCGGACGGGAGCCCGGACCCCACGGGGGUGGUGAACACGAACGAGGCGUUCUGCACGGUGGUGCGGACGCGGCUGGGCUCCCACUCGCUGCUCUUCGCCGGGGAGGUGGACUGCACGGAUCCCCGCGGGGCCUGGCCCGAGGCCCCCGCCUGCUACGUGGAGCUCAAGACAUGCAAGGAGCUGCACAGCCCCGCUCAGCGCAAGAGCUUUUACAGGCACAAGCUGAUCAAGUGGUGGGCGCAGUCCUUCCUGCCCGGGGUCUCCCGCAUCGUGGCCGGUUUCCGCGCCCCCGACGGCUCCGUGGCUGCGCUGGAGACCUUCGAGACCAUGAAGAUCUUCCAGCUGAUCCGGGGCGACCGGGGCUGCUGGAAGCCGGCCGUGUGCAUGAACUUCUGCGAGGCCUUCCUGGCCUUCCUCAAGAGGGUGGUGACGGAGGAUGAUCCACAACUUGUGCACCUCUUCGCCUGGGAGCCCGGCAGCCCCGUGUCCUACACCCGGCACCGGGACGCGGAGCACGUCUUCCUGCCGGCCUGGUACGUGGAGACCAUCAGCGGAGGAAAGAGGCCGGAUUGAGCUGCUGGGGGCCGCGGGGGGGGCACCAAUAAACCAUGUGUAAGGGUCAGGGC